AUGAAUGUCUUGGUGAAUGAAGGAUCAAGUGUAGGCGCUUAUACACUUGAUCUGGUUACGCCCCCGAAGUCAGCUUUGGAGGUAGUCGAGUUGCCAAGGGUAGAAUCUAAAAGGUUCUUCCGAGAUCUGCGUAGUGACAAGAUCAAGCAGAUCUGUGUACUUGUCACAGAGGACGAGUACGUCGCCGAUAUUCGGUCGGCACAAGUGUUUGCUUAG